AUGAAGGUAUCCAAAGCAGAGCAGCAUGGCAUUGUGCAUUUUUUGACCGCAGAAGAUGUAGAAGGGUGUGAAAUUCAUAGACAAAUGAAAAGGAUCUAUGGGAAGUACUGUAUGUCAUGGGCAAGAGUUCAGGAGUGGCACAAGCACUUUCGGGAAGGACACUUAUUGAUUGGUGAUGACCCGCGGAGUGGAGCACUGAAGUGUGUCACAGAAGAGCAUGUUGCAAAAGUGGAUGAGCUCAUAAAGAAAAACCAUCAUGUAAGAGUAGGCAAUAUUUCUGUAUCAGUAGGGCUUAGUCAUGGUAUGGCUCACAACAGCUUGAAGUUCCGUAAAGUACCGCAAUGGGUCCCGCAUCGUUUGACACCGGAAUAA